GUCAGUCUUGCCUCCUCAGCUGGACUUGCAGAGGAGGGCGGAAUAACCACAGUCCGUAGUCCUCGAGGUACAAGCUCGCAAGAAGAGGAAGACGUUGACGUUUGAUAUUCUCGACUCGAGGAAGGUGUUUACUCUCUGUCCGCUCAAAAGCAAGCAGAAGGCGAACCUCUGGGCGACACAGUUGCUGUGGAGGAACGAGUGGAUCCUGUCUGUGCCUGCUGACGUUUGCAGGUUGACUACUGAAACAUGGCCCUGUUGACCCUGCACAGACACCCUUCCAUCUCCACCUCACCAGAUGAAAGCAGCCAAAGAAGAGGGCGACUGCAGAAAAGGGAGAGCUUCGCCCUGGUCAAAGGAGCAGUGGUCCUGCUUGAGGACGGUGAGGGGCUCCAUGAGGAGACUCAACCCCAGAAAGAAGAUGGCCAAUCCUCGGGCAAACAACACAGAUAUCUUCACGCCAUGCUGGAGCACUUGAGGCCAGAGGACAAUAUCAAGCUGGCGGUGCAGCUGGAAUCAGCCAACACCACCAGAGUCAGGUACCUGAUCGUGGUCUCCACCCUCGCCAACAAACAUGAGAGUGUUCUGCUGGGCAUGGAUUUCCCAGACUCAGACAGUGAUCAGUGCACCAUCGGGCUGGUGCUGCCCAUCUGGAGCGACACGCAAGUCUAUCUGGACGGAGACGGAGGCUUUAGUGUGACAUCAGCAGAAGAAACCAGAAUCUUUAAGCCGGUUUCAAUGCAGACCAUGUGGUCUGUGCUACAGGUUCUGCACAGCUGCUGUGAGCGGGCUGUCAGGGCCGCACUGAUCCCUGGUUCUGGCCUCGACUGGGCCCAACACUAUCACCAGCACAUAGAGUCAGACCGCAUUUGCCUCAAUGAGUGGGAGGCCAUGGAUGACCUGGAGUCGGUCCGAAAGGACAGCACUGGACAAAGGUCAGAAGAUAGGGUGUCCAAGGAGCGGCUCAUCAAGGAGAGCCUGAGAGACAUCUUACGAACUGAAGACCUGGACAACCUCACGUCUAAAAUGGUUCACAAUGCGCUAAAGUCACGCCUGGGAUUUGACUUGAGACCUUUCAAAGAGUUCAUUGACAAUGAGAUCCUGGUCACCAUGGCUCAGAUGGACAAGCCUUCGAAAGUAUUUGACUAUCUUUAUCUGGGUUCAGAGUGGAAUGCAGCCAACUUUGAGGAGCUACAGAAAAACAAUGUAGGCUAUAUAUUGAACGUGACAAGAGAGAUCGACAACUUUUUCCCCGAGUCCUUCACGUACAUGAACAUCAGAGUGUAUGAUGUGGAAGCUACCGACCUCCUCGCUCACUGGCCGGACACCUACAACUUUAUCAACACCGCAAGGAAGAGCGGGCAAGCUGUGUUGGUCCACUGCAAGAUGGGGGUGUCUCGCUCGGCCUCCACUGUUAUUGCUUAUGCCAUGAAGCAGCAGCGAUGGCCUCUGGACGUGGCUUUAUCCUAUGUCCAAGAGCGACGCUCCGUGGUCAAACCCAACGAAGGCUUCCUGAGGCAGCUGCAGACCUACAGCGGCAUGCUCACGGCGAGUCGAAAUAGCGCCCUCUGGAGGCGGAAAUCGCGAGACCAGAAGCAGAAGUCUGUGCAAAAAGAGGAGGGAGAGAAGGAGGCGGGUGGACAGGAGGUGCAGGAAGAGGGUGUCGCUGUGUGUGAUGGUGAAGAGGAGGAGGAGGAGGAGGAGGAGGGAGAAGAGGAGGAAGACACUGAGAGUACCGAGGAAGACUCUGAAGGAGAAGCUGAGGUGUUUGAGCCAGAAGCAGAAGCAGGGGCAGCGGCUCCAGCCAAGCCCAGCACGGAGAUCACAGUCACCGAGCCUGCCGUGGCGCCGCCGAGCGUGAACCGUAGCGGCAGAAUGAACCUGUUCUCGCUCAUGCAGUCCAUCAGCGAACUGGACGACGCCGAUGCCUCCUGCGAGCAGAAGAUGCCCAGCAGCCCGCGGCGCUCCCCGAGACAACGCAGGCGCAGCCUGGGUCGGAGGGGGCUGAUUCACCAGAAGGCCUGCGUGGAUGUUUCGCCAGAGCCUCGCAGCCUGGCAGCAGCCGCCGGGUCCCGGUCGCCACUCUGCUGAGGAGAACACAAGUUUGGACACAGACAAUCAUCUAAAGGAGCAGAGUGACACGCCAAGGUUUUCUAUCCAGCUUCUCUGAACUGUCUUCUCUGUUGCACUGCUACUGUAUGUUCCUGUGGUGAGGAGGGGGUCACCUCUGGCACUGCAUCGCUCCACAGAUCUCCAUGGAUUUACCUCAUGUUCACAGAUAGUCGUGUCUUCAGGUCAGGUAUUUUCAUCAUCAAACAAAUCACUUCAGAUCCAAUACAUCACAGACGGAAUGAGAUGAAAGAUUAUUAAAGUGUAGACCAGUUUGUUGCGCUGCAUGUAGCCGGAUCAAACAUCACUUUGAGACAGUAUUUAUCGUUUCGGCUGCUUGAAGGCAUCUAUGGCUCAGGAUGAUUUGAAUCCCUGUUAAAGAUAAAGAUCUGCAGAAAACCAAAGACAGACAUGGUUUUGUCAGCAGCCUCUCACAUGAGCGCAGCAAAUGUUACAGCUCCUUCUCCUGCGUCACAUGCACCAUAUGUGUUUCCUAUGCAACUUUAUUUUCCGCCGCGUUCCAUUCAACACUGUUUUUAUUGCGUCUCUGUAGUUUGGUUUCACCUGCUCAUUUAUGAGAGUAUUGGCCUUCAACUUGCUGUCUCGGCGGGUCAGACUGUGAACCAGUAGCUGUAUUGUCAUGUGCCAAGAAGAGAUCCGGUUCAAAGUCCCGAUCUAAUGUCAUCCAGUUUAUUGUUUGAGUGCCUUCAUCCUGAGAACAAUCCCCGGAUGUUUCCCUGCUGCGUCACUGGUGGCAGCUGAAUGUUGUCUCAGGACGAACUUUAAAGGAACACGGAGGAGGGAGGGGUGUUCACUGGUGUUUCUGCAUGUGUGUGUGUGUGUGUCAUUCAAAUGUCACGCUGCUGAAAAAGCGAGUGCAUGUUUUUAUACUGCCUGAGAACUAGUUAUUUAUACGAUCCACGCGGUCAUGGUGUUUAGUAUUUCACCCCGUCACCCUGUUAAGCUGAACUCUUGUCAUCUGCAUGCACUUUAUACUCGCACAGCUCCCACCACCUGAGCCAUCGCUGGACUCUGAUCCACAAGGUUUUGAAGAUGACGUCCUCGACUGAUUUUGAACUCGCUCUUGUUUACAUCUGGUGAAGUGACUAAUAAACUGUUGACUUUGGGAGCUUCUUUAUGUGAAACGGA